AUGCCGCAAUACCACCUUGUCAUAUUGGUUCACGGCCUCUGGGGGAACUCCUCUCAUAUGGCAUACUUAGCCCAACUGCUUCAGAAUGCCAAAAUCUCUGACUCCCAAGAGAUUCUUGUAGUCCACCGCACAGAAUCACAUUCAGGAUACUUGACCUACGAUGGGAUUGGGGUAAACGGAAAGCGAGUUGCAGAUGAAAUCACGACUGAGAAGUUGAAAUUGGAAAAGGAUGGCAAGGUUGUCAAGUUCUCAAUCAUAGGCUAUUCUAUGGGUGGCUUGAUUGCUAGGUAUGCGUUGGGCAUUUUGAAACAUGAUGGCUUUUUUGAUGAAGUUGAGCCCGUCAACUUUGUUACAUUCUGCACACCUCACGUUGGAGCUAUCAAUCCAAGUAAACUGCUCUCCUCAAGAAUGUUCAACAUAGUGGCCCCAUGUAUCUUGUCUCACACCGGACUGGAAAUGUUUCUCAGGGACAAGCCAGUGGUGAAAGCCAAAAAAAGCUUAUCGUUGCUAGAAUGGAUGGCGAACCCAGCCUCGAAAUUCUACAAGGCUUUGGAGCUGUUUGAGAACAGAACAGCGUAUGCGAAUAUAAUCAACGAUAAAAGAACUAGUUGGUAUACCACCGCGAUAGACGAUCGAGACCCCUUUAAUUCAAUGAUAAACGAGUCUCUGGAAGCAUACUCUUUGAAUUACAUCCGUGGUUACGAACCCACAGUGAUAGACGUUACAAAACAUUUUUCUUUCAAUGCUAUUGAAGAGCCCAAUACUUCGAAGAUCGAUUUGCGAAGCAUCAUUUUCAAAGCCUUCUCCUGGUGUAAAGUACUCGGCCAUUUGGUUUUAGUGAUGCCAAUAUAUUCUUUGCUUCUUUUUGGAAAUUAUAUGUGGCAGCGAAUCCAGCUCUCACAGAGAUUAAAACAGUUUGCAAAAGAGAGUUCCGAAAGUUUAAAUGUUUUGUACGAGUGGAUCAAUGACGAAAUCGAUGGCGGCAUGGCAAAGCUUGAAACUAGUAAAUCUACAAUGAGCGGGUAUGACUCAAGCCAUGAAGUUCUGGGCAAUUACUUGAGCCAAUUUGAAGAAACAGUGCGAGGAGAGACUGAUCUUCUUGUUGAAUCUAUUUAUGGUGCAAUGAAUAACGCAGACUACCAUGAAUAUAAUCUGCGAGUGAUACCACCGGCGGCAAAUGCUCAAGGGGACUGUCCAGAGGCUUCUCCACUCUUGUCAGAUUCGACUGCGAAAGAAACAGAAGAUAACUUCCAGUUGAACUUGACCCCAGCACAGAAGAAUAUUGUACGCCACUUGAACGCCUUGGAAUGGAAAAAGUUUCCAGUGAUCAUCAGAAAGACAAAGGCAUCUCAUGCAGCCGUAAUCUAUAGACAUCCAGACCCUAAUUUUGCAGAAGGGGAAACAGUAGUUCGCCACUUCUUAAACGAAGUGUUUAGAGGCUAA